CCGUGCGGCUGCAAAGAGAAGUGAUUGCAGCGCUCCUGGCAGCUGGCCCCGAACUGUUUUGACUGAGUGGAACGCUGCGCCUCUGGUAGCCAGCGUACGAACUCCAAACGAAUCAGCUGGCGGCAUCUAGUUUAUUCGCCACAAACUUACAGGUUUCGCAGGGCUAUGAUUUCAGCUCUCAGCGCACGUGCGCUUACAAGCGUCCGCCUCGCGCGUUAGCGGCUCGCACUGGCGACCGCAGCGAACGUGUUAAUUCACACUGGAAAGAAACCUCACAAAUGUGAGAUUUGUGAGAAAUCUUUUACUAUGUUAGGUAAUCUCAAGAAACAUUCAUUAAUUCACAUUGGAAAUAAACCUCACAAAUGUGAGAUUUGUGGGAAAUCUUUUGCUAGGGCAGAUCAUCACAAGACACACACAUUAUUUCACACUGGAAAUAAAUCUCACAAAUGUGAGAUUUGUGGGAAAUCUUUUACUAUAUUAGGCAAUCUUAACAAACAUUUAUUAAUUCACACUGGAGAGAAAACUCACAAAUGUGAGAUUUGUGGGAAAUCUUUUGCUGCGUCAAGCUGUCUCAAGAAUCACAAUUUAAUUCACACUGGAAAGAAACCUCACAAAUGUGAGAUUUGUGGGAAAUCUUUCACUAUGUCAAGCCAUCUCAAGAAACAUGUAUUAAUUCACACGGGAAAGAAACCCAACAUCUGCGAGAUUUGUGGGAAAACUUUUACUAUGUUAGGGGAUCUCAACAAACAUGUAUUAAUUCACACUGGAAAGAAACCUCACAAAUGUGAGAUUUGUGGGAAAUCUUUUACUGUAUUAGGCAAUCUUAACAAACAUGUAUUAAUUCACACUGGAAAUAAACCUUACAAAUGUGAGAUUUGUGGUAAAUCUUUUGCUAGGGCAGAUCAUCGCAAGACACACACAUUAUUUCACACUGGAAAUGAACCUCACAAAUGUGGGAUUUGUGGGAAAUCUUUUACUAUAUUAGGCAAUCUUAACAAACAUUUAUUAAUUCACACUGGAAAGAAACCUCACAAAUGUGAGAUUUGUGGGAGAGCUUUUACUAUGUUAGGUAAUCUCAAGAAACAUACAUUAAUUCACACUCGAAAGAAACCUCACAAAUGUGAGAUCUGUGGGGAAUCUUUUGCUACAUCAGAUGAUCUCAAGACACACGCAUUUCAACACACUGGAAGUGGGCCUCACAAAUGUGGUAUCUGUGACAAAAGUUUCACUUACUUGGAUACUCUCAAGACACAUGCAUUACUUCACAUCAGAAAGAAAACGUAAGUAUGUGUUAGUUUACGCAAAUAGGUUUUCGUGGUUGGUGCCCUCAAGGCCUAUCAAAUAAUGUAUGUACCAGGGGACAAUAAAUUGUACUUUUGGUGAAAUAACUUUAAAAUCUGGUAGAAUUGUGAAAAAAACUUGUCAUGAUGUCUACUAUGGAGUGCUAACAGAUAAUGUGACAAAAAAUUCAUAUCUGUAGCUUCAGAUGUCAAGAAAUGGUAUUACCAAAUACUCAUAAACGUGAAUCAAAUGUGUUUUUGUCAUUAGCACUGCUGCUUUUUCCUAUUGAUCUUCCGACAAGAAGAUUGUGAAUUGUGAUAAAUCCUUACAUUUGUCAGUAAUCAUAAGUAUCUUGCAAUAUUUUGUGUAAGGCUAAGGAAAUGAGAUGACUUGCUGCUUAAUAUUCCAAAGUCAUCAUGUAGUACUUGUAACUCUGUAUUUUACAAACAGUGACAGUAAAAAUAUAUUCAUGGCACUUGCUUCAUU